AUGUCCGAUCCCUUCAACUUCCAGUUCACCACUGGUGGUGACUUCACAGACUCAUGGCAAGACGACAACUCAGGCACAGAUUACUUCGGUAACAAUGUCUUUGCAGGUACAGCAUUCCCAGGGCUCAUGUUUACCGAGGGACAUUCAGAGGCAGAUCUGGGAACGCUGGAUUUUCUAACUGCUACAGAUCCCUUCAAUCCCGACAUGGCCAUGACUCAGGGGAAUGGAAUGGACAUUGACCUUUCGCUUGCCUGGAGGAUGCCAGGUACUUUGGUCGAUCAAUUCUCAAAUCCUGGUCUUCAUAAUGAUGCAGUCUUCCCCUCUACCAGCAAUGAUCUGCUUCUCCCAUUUGGUCAACAAGUACAGGCACACAACCUCCAGCAGCAUCUAGACCAGAACAGCCAGGAUGACCCCUUUUCAAUAUAUGCUCCUCUCGAUUCAGUGAACGACACCAGCUCUCUCCCUUUCGGUCAGCAAUUUCUCCAGCAGUCCAACCAGUGUGUUCCUUCCACGACAGGUAACCAAUUCUUCAGCACCAGCACCUUUGAACUGGCUUCAAAUAAAGACCUCCAGUCUGACAACAAUCGAUGCCAAAGCACAACCACCUCCGAGGCCGCACUCGACGCCCAAAAAGUCAGCCUCAACAGAGCCGCCAAACGAAGAGGAGACCCCAGCUGCGACCCUUCUCGUCGCUACACCGCAAAUCUCGUCAACGUGUCUCCGUGGGGCAGCCUGACCUGGAACGGAAACCACCUGUUCAGCUACACUCCAAAGGGCCAGUGGCUGCGCGACCGGUGCUUCAACAAGAAGCAGCUCCAAGAGUACUUCGACAACUGCCCAAAGGAGACCGUCUUCUGGGUCCAGCAGGCUCCCACGCAGUGCAACCACCGACUGGAUCCCGAGGACAGGAUCUGCCGGUGGGCAAACUGCCCCGUCGCCAACAGGACCAUCGCGGCCGGCUGGCUUCGCGUCGCCUUUGACGAGUUUCCUCACCUCACGUCCAACGGGCUCCGCGAUCCGCUCAAGUGUGCCGGCUCAAUGCAUCUCUGGUGCUUUGAGCAGGCAUUUGACCCGUUAAAGUUCCAUUUGUCGGGCCGUCUGCGUGCUGAAGACAGGGAGUUUCCCUUGGAAGACAAGAGUGUGGUGACGCUGGAGAAGUUGACCGAUGCCGGCAUUAUACGGGAUGCCUAUCAACCCUGGUUCUUGCAGAGAAUGCGUCGGCCCAAUCAGCCGCCCCGAGAGUAUCGAGACUCUUUGUCCUAUCGACUGACCAAGUACCACGUAGACAACCAGACGGCGGCUCGGCAAAAGGCGCGGUCGAAGCGAAACACGGCCAAGUCUGCGGAUGAGCGGAGGACCAUCGAUGUGCACCUGGGAAAUCUGAAGCUGUUUGUCGAAAUCACAAACAAGGUCAAGAGGUCAAAGAAGGUCAGGAAGCUCCAAAGAGUAAAGGCCGAGGAUGAUGAAGACUCGAGCACUUCUUCGCAGGCAUGGGCAAACGGAGACCAGAUGGCCGUGGCAAACUGGUCCCCAGAGCAGACCCAACGGGAUUUCCUCUUGCUACAGGGGCUUCCUCCCGGCAGCAUUCAGAGCGGAAACAUGUGUGCUUCCCGUUCGAAUCUUUUGUCGCAGCCAAACGUGAGUAGCAUGCCGCCAAGCUAUUUCGACCCUUUGAACCCAGGUCGCAAUGCCUUGCAUUCAUCCAUUCAAGCACCAGCCGCCACCAAGUUCCAGCAGAACAACCCCCUCGGGCUCCCCCAUCAGAACUACGCUCAAAUGGUCACAGGGGCAAGAUUCAACAGGGCAACCCGAGGCCAACCGCGCCAACCCCCCAGGCCCAUCAUCACGCAGAACUUACAACAACAAUUUUCUCCUCUUGGCACAAUGAUACCUUGCCAGGCGCAGGCACAGACCAGACGCUCAAGAGAUCAGUCAAACUCCAAUGUUGUUUCGCAGCCAAAUGCCUUCCUCAAGCGCGAACCACUCUGGACGCCGGUCGAGUCAUUGCAGUCGCUUGGAGGCAGCAACGGCACGGGCGAGUUCGACUCGCAGCAGGGGAACAGCCUGUACCCACAGGAACUGAAUAUCAGAGAUUUCAUUGACCCCAGGCUGUUUGGGGAGGAGCCGGAGGUUGGCCAGCACCAUAAGGAAGCCGUUGUCGAGGCAAAGGAUAACUCUGCACCACCCCACACCAUACUGGAAUCCAUCGAACUUCAGCCUCAAGGAAGCGCGGACGGCGUUGCGAGCCCGCAAACUGCAGCUCAAUCGCAGUGUUGGGAUAGCCUCGACAGCCUCAUGGAAACAGCCGGAUUUGGUGGCUUUGACGACUCGUCUUUCCCCUCUCUCUUCGAAGAUCUUACAUCCGCCAACGGGGUCGACGACAAAGCCACAGCGCCCACCGGUGUCAUCAGCAUAAGCAGUUCCGAGGCAGGCGGCUCAAAGCGUAACAGCCUCAGUCACAAGUACGACACACGAAGCCGGCAAAACAGCAGAAGGCGGCGCACAGAUGCCUCGUGA